AUGAGGUGCAAAAAACACCCGUGCGACCUCAGCAGCGGCGUGGGGGUAUGCGCCUCUUGUCUCCGAGAACGCUUAUUUGCAUUAAUCGCCGCUCAGGCUCAAAUACAACAGCAACAGCAAUUAGCACAAUUAGCUAAGGCACAUCAUCACUCACGCGCUGCCGAGUUAAUAGAUGAAAGUCGUAAAUCAGAUUUUAAUUCUCAACAUCAACAACAACCACCUCCUCUAAUAUUUCCUCGCUCCGUUUCUCCUUAUGUUGCUCGCCGUAAAUCUGACGACUCCUCCUCCUGGUCCCACCACAACCUCCGUUUCUACAGCACUCCUCAGUUGGGUCCUACCUACACCACCACCUCUACCACCACAGCCACAACAACCGCAGCGUCCAGAUCCGACAAAUUCAAUACAGACUCUACUGGCUAUCGUGAUUCUAUAGAGCCAUCAUCUUCUUCUUCACCUUCCUGGUUCUCAACAAUCCUCUCCGGUCGUCGGAGAAAGCAAUCAACGCAAUUCUCCAUGGAAUAUUCCAGCUCCAUUAGUGGAAAGCCUCGCCAGAGGUCAGAUCGAGGAAUGUCGCCAGUGAGAGGUGCGAAUUCCGACGAGGAUUGUGAAAAUUGCGAUCGGUCACCUUCAGGGAGUGGUUACUCGUCGGAGUCGUCGCCGGGGUGGAAGAAGACACCAGUGUUUCAUUCUUCCACGAGGCGGGGGAAGGCGGGACACACUAGGAACUUGUCUGGAUUGGCGUUUUGUUUGAGUCCUCUUGUGAGGGCGAGUCCCAACCGGAAUUGGAACCAGAAGGGAGGACUGCCGCCUGAAUUGGGAUUUUCUGGUGAGGUUAGGGCACCGGUGAAGCCGCAUCUGUCGACUGCUGCCUCGUUUUGCGCGAACAGGUCGAGGAAGCUUGCGGAUUUUGGAAGACUUCUUCAUAGAGGGACUCCCUUCAAGAGGGACAGUAGUGGUGGCGGUGGUGUUGUCAGCGGUUCAUCCCUGGUGGGACCAAAGGAGUUAAAUGUCCUGACCAAAUCUUCUUUAUUAACGGUCAGAAGAAGUGGGUUCUUAACACCUCUUGUUCGAGAAGUUGAUGUGAGAGAAUUAAUUGCGGAGUUUGGACAGUUUAAAGUUCUGAACCUUCUAACGAAACGACAAAAGCUCCACCGGCCACCGCUUUCAAAGCUUACCCUAUUUCCGUCACCGCUGCCGCUACCUCUAAGCCAAGCAUAG